AUGAAGACGGAUAUUAUGCAUGAUAUUCUCAAAGAUGUUGUGAGUGAUGUUACACGUAUUGAUAUUGUCCCGAUAGAGGAGAAUGAUGUAAUAGCGAGUGAGUCAAUUGAUGAUAUCUAUGACUUGUUUGGUGGAGGGCUCGAGGCAAAAGAGAUGAAAGAAUUGUGUAUGGAGUAUGAGGAAAAUUUUUCUUUAGAAGCAAAGGUUGCGAAUAAUUUCAAGAAGGUUGAGAUGAUACUCCCGACACUAGAUUAUGAGAAGCAACAAGGAAUAUAUUUGGAUGAAUUUUUCAAAUCAUCUAUAGAUCCACAUGCCGCCAAACACAUGCACAUGGUUCAUGAUAUAUUCAUUCAAAAGUUUGAUUCAGAAGAAGUCCUAACCGAGGAUUUUUUCGUGGACUUGGAGAUUGUUCUUUAUGCAUGCAACGAGCACCCCUUUGUUGAUUCUGAAGUUGAUUACUUCCCUGCUGCAUUACCCACGGAACUCAUUGCCGAUGAUGGGCUGUAUAGAGCCGUAGACACGUACAUUAAGGCCCAUCCAAAUAUAACCAAGCAAGAAAAAUGGACGCUAAGCAAACUAAUCGAUCCACGAAAGCUCACCCCGGACGCCACCCUCCACGCCGUCCACAGCGACCGCCUCCCAGUCCGUUCCGUUAUCCAAAUCCUCUUUUCAGAACAAACCAGACUGGGCCGAGCAAACGAGUGGACCGGAAACUCGUUCCACGGUACGAAAAGCCUGAGCCCAAGCCCAGCGCUGGACGCCCCGGGCCGAUGCCCAUCAAAAAGAGAGGUGUUGGGCCAACAACGCGAAAUGCGCAAAUUACAGGAGGAUGUGGGCCGGCUUCAGAUGCAGUGUCAGGCCUUACAGGCCCAGGUAGAGAAACUGAGCUCAGAGAAGAAGAAGAGGGGAAUGUUCCGGUGGGGUAACUUUCUGUUUAGGAACGGAGAGGCUGCGGAGAGGUCGGUCGAUGAUUAUGAGGCGGCGACUGAGAGGAGGACGCCGAGGACGCCGAUGGAGGGGAGGAAGGGGAGAAUGGUGCACGGGAGGGGGACACCUCCCAAGUGGAGAAACUCUCUGUCCUGAAAGUAUAUUUAUGAGGAUUGUUACGUAGUAUUUGUGCAUGCUUGAUAAACGUAUAAAAUGUCACCUUGGUAUAAGUUUUAUGUAUCUGGGUUUCGAUGUUCUUGUGA